AUGGCGAAUAUUAAGCCGGGACGAGUAUCUGAUAAAUUGGUUCGAUGGGAGGCGGAGAAGGAUCCAUUGGCACCUUUAAGUCAGUCUCAAAUCAAUGCAUAUCUGAGUUUGUCCGAACACAUAGGCGAUAGUGAUUUUAUGUCUUUAGAAAUCGAAGACCACAACAAAGAUAAACCCAAUAUAAAUGAAGAGCCACAAAUUUUAAAUAUAAAUAUUGAAUCUGCCGAAGAUUUUCAUAAAUUCUAUUACGAGAUUGCACAAAAAUGGAUGUCUACUGAAAUUAAACCAUGUAUACAACUUGCAAAUGAACUACGAAGUCAGCUAGACGAGUGGAAAUUAAUGUUAUCCAAGAUGGACGAAUGUAUGCAGCUCAUCGGUAUGUUAGAAGAAAAAUACAGCGAAGUUUCAAAGAAAACAAACUCUUUAUAUUUGGCUGGAGAAGAACUCCAUACCGAUCAGACAAGUCUGAGUAACAUAUGUCAAGAAAUCAACGAACGUUUAUCCAUCUUUAAUGCUGCUGACUCUAUACACUCGAAAUUGGAUUCACCUUCGUUCAUUGUCACCAGUGAAAUGUUUGCUAACAUGAUGAUGUCCAUUGAUAACGGAAUUAAAUAUAUAAAUUCACAUAUGUCAUAUAAAGAGAGCAAUAAAUAUCUGGCUCUGUAUGUAAAUGCCAGGUACAAGGCUCUAUCGCUUGUUCAUACUUACAUAACUCAAUGUCUUCAAACAGGAACAGAGAGUUUAGAUACAACUGAAUUCAUAGCACACUACGGGAAGUUUCAAGCAAUUGCGACAAAAGUACGACCAGUGAUAGAAUUAUUGGAAAACCGAAAAGAUUUGGAUCCAGUAUAUGCUGUAGCAUUGGAAGAUUGUGUGCUGACUUAUGUGACACGACGGAAAGCUCUUCUUGGUUCAUCCAUCAGUAAUACACUGUCAAACUACACGUCAAGUGGGAGUGAUUAUUGUUCAACGUUACGUUCAUCGUGUAAAAUACUCAUACAAUUGACUCACGACGAAAACCGAUUGUAUCAAUGUUUCUUUACAAAUAAAUCUCCAGUAUUCAGAGAAUACCUGGAAACUGUUUGUAUGCAUUUGUAUGACAUGCUCAGACCAUUAGUGAUUCACAUGAAACAUUUUGAAACUUUAGUAGAACUUUGUACAAUCCUAAGAAUAGAAAUAUUACAAGACUAUGUUUCUGAGGAUGCAUCACUUGAGGUUUUUGGAUCUGUAGCAGAGUUACUAUUACAAGAUACACAAGAGCGUUUAGUGUUUCGUGCCAAUUUGUACUUUGUCACAGACAUUUCCGAGUACAAACCUUCACCUGGUGAUAUAGCGUAUCCAGAAAAAUUAAAACAAAUGGAAGCAAUCGCUGAAGAAAUGCAAUAUCGACAGUUGACUAGAUACGAUUCAACUGGAAGUUUAGUGUCAUCAGUAUCUGAAGCUCCAUCAGUUAUGUCAAAACAGUCUAUUGGUGGAUGGACUUCUGCUGCAGAUCUUCAUGGAAUGUGGUAUCCACCUGUAAGGCGCACAUUGAUGUGUUUAUCACGUUUGUAUAGAUGUGUUGAUAAAACAAUUUUUCAAAGUCUUUCUCAUGAGGCAGUUGCGUUGUGUUUGAAAAACAUUCAUCAAGCUGCUCUGAUGAUUUCUCAAAAAAAGACUCCAACAGACGGUUCUUUGUUUGAGAUAAAACAUUUGUUGAUAAUCAGAGAACAAAUUGCACCGUUUCAAGUAGAUUUUACUAUAAAAGAACUGAACUUAGAUUUUAGUAAAAUGAAAAAUGCCGCUUGGGGUUUAUUUCAAAAACACGACAAAAUGUUUGCUUUAAACUCUAGUAACUCAAUCAUUGAAUUUCUACUGGAGGGAACACCAGUUGUCCUAGAGAACUCUGUGGAUUCAAGGCGUUUAGUAGAUCAAACAUUGAAAGAGUCCUGUCAAACAUUCAUCAGUCAUUCAUCUAAUGCAUUAGUAUCACCAUUGUCUAUGUUUCUGGACGAAGUUCAAAAGUAUAUUAAAUGGUGUAAUAUGCAAGGGUUCCUGGCUAUUGUAAAACAGCAAGAAUUCGCCCAACCUAAUGCUAUUCACGAAAAGGUACAAGAAUCAUUGGCAAAAAUCAAAAAAGAUUUACCAUUGAUCCAUCAGAGUAUGGCAUUGUACUUGGCCAAUGGGGACACCCAGUUUGUCUUGUAUAGGCCUAUCAAGAAUAAUAUCUUGCACAUGUUUACAAAAAUUCAACAAUUUUUAACAACAAACAGUUACACUAAAGAAGAACAACAAUUAAUUGCGUGCCCUACAUCUGAACAGAUGUCAAUGUUGUUAUCUACUUCAACUUUGGCAUCAACUAAGUCGAACUCGAGAAAAACAAGUGCUGUAUCCAUUGAUGAACAUCCGGCUGAAACCAAUGAAAACUCUUCGUAG